AUGCAUGUGACUGAGUGUAGAAGAUUAGGCGUUUUGACAGAAGGUUACGGAGUGUUUGUCAAAGACCAACUCGCCUUCUUGAAAGCGUGGAAGUUGCUUAAUUGUUGCGCUAACUUGCCAGAAACAAAAACAUACAAACGGUCAGCCAUUUUGGCGUUACUUGUUGGCUCGGCAAUCGCUACUGAACCUUACAUUUAUAGCUCUCCUCCACCACCUCCGGUUGCAUCUCCUCCACCUCCUUAUAAAUACAAAUCUCCUCCUCCUCCGGUUAAGUCCCCUCCACCACCGUAUGAGUAUAAAUCUCCUCCUCCUCCUGUUAAGUCUCCUCCACCACCGUAAUACUACCACUCUCCACCUCCCCCGGUGAAAUCUCCACCACCACCGUAUUAUUACCACUCUCCUCCGCCUCCGGUGAAAUCUCCUCCUCCUCCUUAUUACUAUCAUUCUCCACCUCCUCCCGUGAAGUCUCCUCCAUCACCGUACUACUAUCAAUCUCCACCCCCUCCGGUGAAGUCUCCUCCACCACCGUACUAUUAUCACUCUCCUCCUCCUCCGGUUAAGUCUCCACCUCCACCUUACUACUACCACUCUCCUCCUCCGGUCAAGUCUCCACCUCCACCCUACUACUACCACUCUCCUCCUCCCCCAGUUAAAUCUCCACCGCCGCCAUACUAUUAUCACUCUCCACCACCACCAGUCAAAUCUCCUCCACCUCCAUACUACUACCAUUCACCGCCUCCUCCGGUGAAAUCACCACCUCCACCUUACUAUUACUCAUCUCCACCACCACCAAAAUCUUACCCUCCACCAUAUUACUACUCAUCUCCACCACCACCACCAAAGUCGUACUCUCCAUACUACUAUUCAUCACCACCACCUCCGGUGUAUAAAAAGUAUGAGAAGAAGAGAACACAGAGAUAGAUAUCAUCGAGUCGGAGGAGAGAUGUGGAGGGUCAAUAGUCAUCUUGAUUAGAAGAUUUAUGGCAGACGAUUGAAGUUCCAUCUUGAAUGGAGGCAUUAUGCGGGAGGCGAUGGGGGGAGAGGAAGUGAAUCGAUGUCGGCAUCGAGACAUAGCUUAGAGUUACAGGGGAGGCUGAUUGUGUUUGGCUUAGGGUUACGGGGAUGAUGAUCUGUCUCUUUUCUAGAUAAUUGGACAGUAAUACUUAACGGGCUGGACCAGUACGUGACAUUUUUUUCCAUUUUAUUGAUUGAAGCCCAGUUCAAGAUGACAUGGCAAAUUGGUUGGCCAGGAAUUUUUCUGCCUAUGUGGCACACCUUGAAAACCUCUAAAAUA